AGCCCCCCCUCUCCAGAAAUUCGUCAUAUCGGGCAUUCUCUUCGGUGUUCUCUCUUUUAACUCUCUCUCUCUCUCUCUCUAAACCCUUUGGCAUUUGCGUGCACUGUAAUCGGCCCUGAAAUGGCCAACAGUAAUCUACCGCGAAGAAUCAUCAAGGAAACUCAGCGUCUCCUAAGUGAACCUGCGCCGGGAAUUAGUGCUUCACCAUCGGAGGACAACAUGCGAUAUUUUAAUGUAAUGAUCCUUGGCCCAACACAGUCUCCAUAUGAAGGAGGGGUCUUCAAGUUGGAAUUGUUUUUGCCUGAAGAAUAUCCAAUGGCUGCUCCCAAGAAUGAGGGGUGCAACACGAGGAUUUCCCAGGAGGUCACCCAGCCCACUACUACUCUCACACAAGCACGGGGUCCACUGCUAGUCAGAUUUCUCACUAAAAUAUAUCAUCCUAACAUUGACAAGCUUGGAAGGAUAUGCCUUGAUAUUCUGAAAGACAAAUGGAGCCCUGCUCUCCAAAUACGAACUGUACUUUUGAGCAUUCAAGCACUUUUGAGUGCUCCAAACCCCGAUGAUCCACUUUCUGAGAACAUCGCUAAGCAUUGGAAAACAAAUGAGGCUGAAGCUGUUGAAACAGCGAAGGAGUGGACUCGUUUAUAUGCAAGUGGUGCCUGAUGACACGGCUGAAAGCUUUGCUUCCCCUCUAGUAACAUUUAAUGAAAUGUUGUAUGGAAUUGACUGUCAAUUUUAAAUGGAAAUUUGGAAGAAAUGAUCUUUGAAAAAUCGGAGUUUAAUAUUUCUCCAAAGCUUCCAGUUGCCUCCUCCCAUGGAAGUCUUUGUGGAACUUGUAUGAUAUAUUCAGCCAUUAAUUUGGCGAAGGAUCUAUAUAUAUAUAUAUAGUAGUUGCUUCGGCCUCAA